UCGGAGGGUUUAGGGGGAUCGGAGGGAGGGUCGGAGGGGGGCGGAGGGUGAGCACCCUGGUAUCGGGGCGCAUGCACAUAGUCAGGCAGGAAGGGAGGCAGGGCCAUCUCAUCUCGACCUCCCAUGACGCGGAGGCGGUGUGCGACACGAUCGUACACCGCGGAUUGACGGGAUGUGAGGAGGUGGAGUGGGCGUUGCCAUCUAGAGUUUGCUGCCUUGGGAACCGGCAUGACAUCAUCCUUGGGCGAAGAGGGGAGGAGGAGGAAGAGGCAUCGAGGCGCCGGGUGGCAAUCAGCGGUUUAACAGUCAUGAUUGCCUGCUCCUGGGUCUCGUCCUUCCCCUCAGCUCCGCGAAGGGUCAUUGAGGGGCCUGGGACCCGGCCCACGCCCCUGCAACAAAUCUUGUUUGUUGUCAUGCAAGCUGCCCCCAAGGAAGACGUGUUGACUUCUAAGGGAGGAGGGGGAGGGGGAGGAGGAGGAGGAGGAGGAGGAGGAGGGGAAGGAGGAGGAGAGGAGGGAGGGGGAGGAGGAGGAGGAGGAGGAGGAGAAACAGAAGCUCCCCUCGAACGCUGGGCGAGUACGCCCCCAGUGCAGAAGUCUUUCGCUUCGCAUUCAGUUGGGAUCCAUCUUGGGGUCGGUAGUCGCACUCUCUCCUCCUUUUCACAAGGUGGUUCAUUGAGGCCGAUGAUAGGUUCUGAGCUGGGGCGGUCGGAGACUCCUCCCUCUCCUAACUCCGAGUCCUUCUCGAGCUUCCACCGAAGAGAAACAAGGGUGGAAGGGCUCGACGCUAUCAGUCAGGGCCCACAGGCCUCACCCUCUGGGGCUGCGACGGCUCGCGUUCUGAGAGGGGGAGGGGGAGAGGCGGAACGACCGUCUACCGUGAGCGCUCCUCCCGCACACGCCGCGGGGAGUAUCUCUUUGCCUGCAACCUCGCGGCCGCAUUACUACCUGUCGGAGGAGGUAGGGGUGGCAGCGCGACUAGGAAAAGGGCCAGGAGGAGGAGGAGGAGUGCGAGGAGGAGGAGAAGGGGUGGCGGGCCUGGGGAAUGCUCAGAGGCAUAGCCAAGGAUCAGCGGUAGACUCUAGGCCUCACAACGAAGCAAACAUUGGACAUGAUGCAGAGGAGAGUAGGGUGGCCAGCGGGCCGGUUCACGACGACUUGGAAACGGACAGGUCAGCAGAGUCGCCAUCCUCGCCCAGUCGUCAUCAGCGUUUCAUCACUCCCAUCCACGAGCAGACAACCCCCCGAAAAAUCACCGUCGCGCCUCUCUCCACCCACCACCCCGUCGCUAGCGUACUUACUGCCUCAUCUACUCCCCCCCCCCCCUUCCCUCCUGUAUCCGCCUUACCGCUUGCUCCCUCUCCUCUGCAAGGCGGAGAACUCACCGCAGCCGCGGACAAACCAAAGCUGCUGUCAAGCUCAGGAUUCGCAAUACCAGCUGAUGACACCUCUGCCAGCGACUUGCGCGGAACCACCUCCACUUCCUCCUCCUCCUCCUCCUCCAUCCCCACCUCCUCCUCUUCUUCCUCCUCCUCCUCCUCCAUCACCACCACCUCCUCCUCCUUCUCCUCCUAUCCUGCAGGUGAUGAUCAUGACAGGAACAGGUCGCAAGCUGCGGAGUCCACACCUCCCGGAGGCGGAGAGGGACGCAGCAGUAAUCAACACUCCUCCGGCGUUUCUCUUGGGCAGUCGACAGACAAUGAGAGAGCGAGAGAGACGAAUGCAACCAUUCUGAGAGGUGGUCCUACAGGACAGACCACAAUGGAUACAUCUAUUGUUACUGGCGGCUCAUCGAUACCCAAUGACGCUGUGAUGACGACUGGGGAGACUGCAGCAGCUUCGAGCUCGUCGUCCGGAACAGAGCAGAGCCCAGCCUUUUGGGCAGUGCAUGUGCAGGACAGCGAGGAGGCAGGGCAGCAAAGGAGGAAUGGGAUGCCCAGCGGAGCACGAGGCGAGGAAUCGCCAACACUGAUCUCAAGCGCCAGGCAACCGGGAGAAGCAGUGACGAUCGCUCACUCGAUAGAGCGCAGCGCCACUGCACCUGCAGCGGGCUCGACGAUUGGCAGCCUGUGGCCAGAUUCGACGUGCCCUGGUUCAGAUGCUCAUGGGAGAACGAGCUUUCGAGAGACCGAUACCGCCGCGUCGUCUGGCCCGACAGUCCACGGCAUCGCAGAGCGUGCUGCUUCUGCUGCUGGUCCUGCUGCUGGACCAUCCCAUCUAGCUGGCCCUGCUGGUCCAUCCUAUCUAGCUGGUCCUGCUGGUCCUGCUGGUCCUGCUGGUCCUGCAGGUCCUGCUGGUGCAUCAGAUCUAGCUGGUCCCGGUGUUGCGGGCUUGGCCAGGCCAGCGUCAUCAUCAUCAUCAACGCAUGGUACGGGAAGUGCAGAACCAGAGGAGGAGGUGGGUGGUGGACGAAGCCCUCGGCAUGCUGAGGAGAGGAGGAAUAAGGGAAGAAAGGCAGAGGAUACGCGGGGUGUUGAGCCUGGGGCGAGCCUAGCGGCGGCAGACGGCAAGGCUGAUGGGGACAAACGGGCCGCCGACGAGACGGUUGCUGCACUUGAUCCGGUUGUUCGGUAUGGGAAGGGCAGAGGGGAAGGUGCAGAUCGAGAUGCUGGACAAGCUGGCGAUGACGUCAACAGUGCCACGAGGAUAGAGGAGAGUACGGGUACGGGUACCAGUGCGCUGUCUGCGAACGCCGGCGAUGGAGAGAUCUCCAUAGCGGAUACCAACCGAGGAGGCAUGAGUAGUCGGCAGGUGGGAGAGGGGUCGCAGGCCAUCGCCGCAAGUCGAGGAGGAGGAGGAGGAGAUGGAUAUGGAAUCGGGGAUCGACAGCUUGGCCUGGAUAGGUUCAAGAAGCUAAGGGGGAGGAGAUAUACUCCGUUCCCAGGGAAACAUGUGGAAGCAAGCGAAGGCCCAGACCCUUCCCCUGGUGAUCAUGAGGACUCUAGUCUUAGAGAAAGACCUCUACUGAUGGAGGGUUAUGAUGACGACCUGCCCAAGGAGAGGGAUGGGGUGUCAGAGCCGACGACGCUCCCUGGUAUCAGAUCCUUGGUUGUGGAGGAAGAGGCGAAGGCAAGGGAGACGGGCUCUCCCACUGAGCAGCAGCUAAACUCCAACGUAGCUCGAGCGUGGCAUCUUCUAAUUUCGAACCCAUCUACGCCGAGGGCAAGUGACGACACCAGCGCUGUCGAGGAGAAAGGGGCCAAGGGUAAGGAUAUUCCGACGAAAGAGGAAAGUGGGAUUGUGGGGGUGGGGGUGGGGGUGGGGGUGGGUUCCAACUCCCCUGACGUGGUGGAUAGCCCGCGCAGCACUGGCCAAGGACAGACAGAAGAACAAGAACACUUGGGACGAAGGCUUAGGAGCGUUCGAGCAAGCUCCUCUCUAGGUGCCGCUUCCAGUUCCGCCCCGAGCCCGAGGGUAGCAGGGAUCCCCCUGAAGCUCGACAAGAAGGGGAAGUUCACUAAAGGACAGAUGACCUUGUUGAGCGCUGUCGGGAAGAUGACCAUCAUCAAACGCCGCAUGGCCCGCAGUCUAUCGGUCAAGUCCUUGAAGCACACACCCAUUCACGCCAAGCUAGUUCGAUGGCGGAAGAAGGCAGUAUUCGGAGAUGUGGAGAGAGGACUUGGGCUAGCUAUGGAUAAGAGGCACAAGGAAAUGCUCAUACGUCAAAUGAGCAUAGUCAAGACAGAAAUCCCACAACCGGUGCUUUGGGAGAUGAUCGCAGAGGCGUUGCCAGUCGUUCGGUUGACAGCUAGUAUGUAUGCAGAGAGAAUAGGAGAGGAUCACCCCACGACAUUGAAGGUGCAAGCGUAUCUGAAGAAGAUGGAGGAAAGUUUGCCGCUGCCCUUCUAGUUGUUACAUGCGAGCCUGACUUGAA